ACUUACCCUUUGUGUAUACCUACCUCAGUUGCUACAAGAAGAAUAGAAAGUCGGCUGAAGGUGGUGUGCCUUCCCAUUUUAUUUUUUCUGUUGGUAUGUUCUUUUCUGAAGCUUAGGUUCGCAUAGUGUAUUUUAAUUCGCUUCUUCCAAUUGAAGUAAUUCUUUCGUUUUCUUAUUCUUUUCAAUAUGGUCGCAAACAAAAACCUUUUUUUCUCGUAUUUGGUGUUGUCUGCUUUUGGAACUGUUUUCUUUUUUCUCAUCAUGUACCGGUCAUGGUGCACUGAAACAAAGACGGCUUUACUAUUGGAGGAGAUGUUCCUUAGUCCUUUAUAUACAAACCAGAGCACGGCUCCUCGUCCCUUACGAAUGUGUUUGGGCGUUUUCUCACAUGCAAACAAUGUGGAACGAAGACGUCUGUUGCGUGAGGACUACCACCACUACAUCAGGGAAUUUGCUAGCAAGGACAAGAUUGACGUCAAGUUUGUCUUAGGUGUUCCAGAUACAAAUGAAGGAUUGGCUGCUAUUCGUGAAGAGCAGCGAAAGUACGGUGACCUUGAAGUUCUCCCUAUUGGGGAAAACGUGGAUCGUGGAAAAAGUAUUGUAUACUUUCAAACAUUUUUGAAGGGAUAUCGAUCAUAUCCUUUGCUUUCAGAUGUUGCUGAUGGUCAUCUUUUAAAAAACAUACAGUAUCAGGGGGGAACGUUUGUCUAUAAUGAAACAAUUGAGACCCAUGAACUUCCUGGGAUGAAGGAAUUUCAGGAUUUAGGUGCUCCGCGAGAUGAAUAUGAUUUUAUAGCAAAAGUUGACGAUGAUGCAUAUGUCAACUUACCAUUGCUAUUCUCAGAACUUCGUCCUCACAUUGGUGAGGAUGAAUUUUACUUUGGACGAGAUUGUACUCGUAAAGAGUUGCCGACAUCCGUCCGUGAGUUCCCUUAUAUGUGCGGUUUUGCUUAUGUUGUUUCACCAGACAUCGCCCAUCACAUCGCUAGUGGUCGUGAAAUCGUUUAUCCAUGGGAGGAUGUUCAAACCGGUUAUAAUAUUUAUAAGUCUGGCGAUGUUCAAAAUAUUAAGUUUACCAGAUACAAUCUGUACGAUCUAGUUUUGCAUAGCGAAGGCUAUAAUCCUCGCCAGGCUUUCCUUCGUUUUGACGCACUUGUUGUGCACAAGCUCAAAACAAAUCAACUUUCGGCUUCGGUAAUUGAAUGGUACCGAAAAAUGUACGAGCAUCGUGCUUACUGUCAAACUUUGUCCGGCAAUGAAAAGCGGUUUUGUAUGAAGGCGUCUUAUCCUUUGGUUGCUACCGAGGGUAACACUUAAUCAUAUAAAGCUUUGUCUUAUACUUGUUUCUCUUAACUUUUUUUCUGUAUAUUGCUCAUUUUCUUCUAUUUGCAUUUUCAUUUCUUGCAGAUUAGUAAACCUUUACUUGUCUCUCUUUUCUUCUCUGUUUUUCUUUUUCUUUCUUUAAUGAACCGUACUGCAUUUUCUUUCUUAUGUAUAUAUUAUGUCUUUUCUGAUUAUCAUAUUCUCAUUUGGUAUUAUUAAGUCUUAAUCUACUAUUUCGUUUUAUAUUUUGUUUUACUUUUGUUUUAUUAAAUUUUAUUCUCCUAAUAAUUGUUGUUUUCUUUCCAA